AUGUUUGCACUACCUUCAUACCCUGUGCCGUGUUGUUGCGUUAUCUAUUCAGAUGUUUUCCUAAUAGUUGCUUUCUCUGCCUUUCCUUCCUAUGAGAGGGGAGGCUUCGAUUGCCUGUCCGUUCUUCUCCAUUCUUCUGUGCGUGCUAUUGUCUACAUGUGGGAAAUUGCCGAUCGUUUUUGCUUGAUUAAACCUUUCAGCCCUUCGUUUGACCCCCUCAAUCACGCAGGAUGGGAGAAGGAUGCGUUGGCCGAGACCAGAACGCCAGAGAUCACGGAAAUCCCAGAGGGAAAUCCUUUGUACUGGAUCUUGUUUGAGCUACUGACCACCCUCCCGUGUUGUGAUACAUUGUUUGCAGCCUUCAUCUGGACAACAGCUAAUCAUUGUGCGGGGCGUUUACCUGGGUACCUAUACACUUGA